AAGAGAUGAUUAUUUCUCUCAGCUCCAUAUUUACACUUCGUGUUUUACUUCUCACAUCGCAUGUUCUGCUACUAUCGGGGAUAAGUUGCAGUGCGAAGAACAAUCAUUUGUGCGCUCCUUCAUCUUGCGGUGAGAUCCGUAACAUAAGUUAUCCUUUUCGAUUGAAAGGCGAUCCAAAAAAUUGCAGUAGCUCUCGGUUUGAACUAACUUGUGAAAAUAACCGCACUAUUCUAUAUCUAUAUGCUGGCCGAUAUUAUGUGAAGUCGAUCCAUUACGGUUUCUAUUAUAACCAAUAUUACUUCGAUGGUAAUAUCACGGUGGUUGACGAUGGACUGCAAAAGGGUAAUUGCUCAUCCCUUCCUCGUUACCCAUUGAUGUUCUCCAACUUCAGUUAUGAUGGGAUAUACUUCCCUCCUUACCCAUUGACGUACUCCAACUUCAGUUAUGAUGAGAGAUACGCUAGGGAGGUGGCCUUCAUGAAGUGUUCCCAACCCAUUGCUUCUAGUUUAUAUGUCGAUACCAGAUCAUAUAUUGAGGGAUACUCUGCCGACACGCCUCCUUAUUUUUCCCAAAUGAAGGUGUACUCAUACGCUGUACAGAACUUAAAAGCAGGGGAUGUCAAGGACUCCUGCACCGUAACCAUGAUGGCAUACGCAUCGGAUCAAAUCUCGGGGCAGGAAGGGGAUCAGAAUGGGAGCUUAACAUACAAGGACCUCCACAACAAGAUGACCGAGGGAUUCAAUCUCACCUAUGGGGGAUUCUUUCGGGCCAGAGCUUUUAGGUGUCGCUACUUAAGUUUCGGAUACCGAAUGGAGAGUUGCGGGGACAUUAAUUUCCGCAAGGGACUUCGCCUUAAAGAUUAUGCUACGUGGGCCAGGUAUUAUUAUGCGCCACAUGUGGGUCAGAGCCUCGCCCUCGUCUUGGCCAACUACGUUGCAGCAAAAUUCGUACUCGGAGUUCUAUGUGUGUUGAUACUUCUAAUCUAUAAGUGGAUGAGAAGGCACCAAGCGAUUGAUGCAAACAUCAAAGAAUUCCUACAAGCUCACAAUAACUUUUUACCCAUAAGGUACUCUUACUCGGAUAUUAAGAAGAUUACAAAAAAUUUCAAAUACAAGUUAGGUGAGGGGGGAUAUGGUUCUGUCUAUAGAGGAAUCCUUCGAAGUGGCAAUGAAGUUGCGGUUAAGAUUUUGAACAAAUCAGAAUCUAACAGCCAAGAUUUUAUUAGCGAAGUGGCCACAAUUGGAAGGAUCCACCACAUCAAUGUGGUGCAACUUGUUGGUUUUUGCUUCAAUUACUCCAAGCAAGCUCUAGUCUAUGAUUUCAUGCCGAAUGGCUCCCUGGAUAAACACAUUUCGAAUAAGGAUGGUGAUGAUCCUCUUGAUUAUAAGAAAAUGUAUGAGAUCUCUCUUGGCAUAGCUAGAGGGAUAGAAUAUCUACAUCAGUGAUGUGAUAUGCAAAUUCUGCACUUUGAUAUCAAGCCGCACAACAUUCUCCUAGACCAAAGUUUCACUCCGAAAAUUUCUGACUUUGGACUUGCAAGACUUUAUCCCACCGGUCACAACAUAGUAUCAUUGAUUGCAGCAAGAGGAACCUUGGGUUAUAUGGCGCCUGAGCUAUUCUAUAAAGACAUUGGUGGCAUUUCUUAUAAAGCCGAUGUUUAUAGUUUUGGGAUGAUGUUGAUGGAAAUGGCCGGUAGAAGGAGAAAUCUCAAUGCACGUGCAAAGCAUUCAAGUCAAAUUUACUUUCCUUUGUGGGUUUAUGAUCAGCUUGGCAAAGAAAAGGAGGUUGAAAUGGUAGAUAUCAUAGAAGAGGAAAGAGAAACAACGAGGAAGAUGAUAAUCGUUGCAUCAUGGUGUAUACAAUUGAGUCCUAAUGAUCGGCCAUCGAUGAGGAAAGUCCUAGAUAUGCUUGAGGGAGAUAUGGCUAAACUACAGCUGCCUCCAAAACUGCUUUUGUAUCCAAGAGUGGCGCCGAUUGAUGAUGUUCACAUUGAUAUAGAACUUGAAACGGUCUCAGCUUCGUCAAGUGCUUCGAUAAUUUCAGGAGGUUACCAAUUUUACCAUGACAAUGAGUUUACGAAAUCAUGUAUUGUGUGAUUGUUACCCUAUCGUAGAAAUGAGGUGCAAAAUUUAAAUAGUACUAUCAACAUGUAUCAUCAUUCACAAUGUAAUCCGUGAAGCUUUUACAGGUUUUUCAUAUAGCACUAGUGUUUCCGAUA